AUGGCACAACGACCGUCGGCAAUGGGCCCUGGUCCAGCAGGACGUCAAUCGAUGUAUCCUCAAGCCAGUGGCGCAGCCAACAUCAUGCUUGGCGGACCGUCGUCGUCAGCAAACCAGAUGCGCUUGAUCUCAAAACAGGCCGAACUCGAAGGUUUGCGCGCGUUGAAGGACCAAUCGGCAAGGAUGGUCAAGGAGCUCGAGCGGCUGGCGGAAAAGGUGGAUAUCAUGGCUGAUGGCGGUGACUCAAUCGCUUCGGUUAUGGGUUCAUGGCAAGGCGUGUUCCGCGCCAUUCAGAUUGCUCGAGCAUCAACAGUCUUCACCAAUCCCGCGGCAUACGAGACCAAAGCAGCGGACACUUCCGAGGAACAAGAGGAAGAGGACGACCUGUACAAUUAUGGUCCAGCUCCUACUAGCAAACCCGCACUCAUCGAUACCAUGGUCCGAAUCCCGGUGGACCUUGAUGGCGCCAUCGCCCGAUCCAAGGAUGACAGCGCUCUCGAUACUUCUGCUGCUUCUAUCUCGCAGUAG